GAGAAGUAGGGGAUUUGAGGACCACCGGGAUAAAUCCUCAGACUCUCCCAUCCCCAAACAAACAAACCAAGGAGAGCAAAUCUAAACAAAAAAGAAGAAACGAAAGCAUUCCUGAGUCCCAGACUCUGAGGAAUGCCGUGGAGUCAGAGUUAAGGAAAUUCCCAUGAGUUCGGAGCUGGGAGGGGGGCGGGCAGUAAGGGCCCGGGAGCUCAGCUCGCGGUUUGGCUGGGCUUCACCUUGGGUGCGGGGGCGUACCCCUCCGGAAAGGAUUGAAAUCUUUUUAUAUGCAAAACGCAAAACUCAGGAAACGAAACCUGAGCCACGAGGUCACCUUAAGGUGCUCUUCUCCCUCCCUAACUUUUGUGGCGUGUGGCACCUGUCCUUUUCACAGAGGGGUCUGGAGAGCAGAGCCAGGGCGGGUUCCAGGAUUCGCUGCUCAACAACGCAUCUGAUACCACAUCCUGCUUGAAAAGAUCCCAUCAGGCCCCAGUUCAAUUUAGUAAUACUGCUUCACAGUUCAGUGGAACUCUGAAUCAAGGCCAGCAUGGAGGCAUACAAAUGGAGGCUCCUCGCCCAGGAACACAUUUGCCAGCUGGGUAUGCCCCUCAGUAUCCACCAGCAGCAUUCCAAGGACCUCCAGAACAUACCGGACACCCCACACUCCAAACUGACUACCAGAGUCUCCAGUCUGGUUACUCAGGACCUCGGGCUGGCUACACAGUCUUAACAGCUGGCAGUGAAGGUUAUAAUGCAACCCAGCUUCCUAUUCAAAAUAACCAGACUAUCGUCCUUGUUAAUACCCAGUGGAUGCCAGCACCACCACCUCUUCAUAACUGCCCAGCUGGGCUAGAAUACUUAAGUCAGAUAGAUCAGAUUCUGAUUCACCAGCAAACGGAACUUCUGGAAGUCUUAACAGGCUUUGAAACAAAUAAUAAGUUUGAAAUCAAGAACAGCCUUGGGCAGAUGGUUUACCUAGCUGUGGAAGAUACUGACUGCUGUACUCGAAACUGCUGUGAAGCAUCUAGACCUUUCACCUUGAGGAUCCUGGAUAAUCUGGGCCGAGAAGUCAUGACUCUGGAGAGACCCCUGAGAUGCAGUAGCUGUUGCUUCCCCUGCUGCCUCCAGGAGAUAGAAAUCCAAGCUCCUCCUGGUGUGCCAAUAGGUUAUGUGACUCAGACCUGGCACCCUUGUCUGCCAAAGUUGACUCUUCAAAAUGAAAAGAAGCAGGAUGUUCUAAAAGUUGUUGGUCCGUGUGUUGCAUGUACCUGCUGUACAGACAUUGACUUUGAGAUCAAGUCUCUUGAUGAGCAAUCUAAAAUUGGCAAGAUCUCCAAGCAAUGGUCUGGUUGUGUGAGAGAGACCUUCACAGAUUCAGAUAACUUUGGGAUCCAGUUCCCCCUAGACCUUGACGUGAAGAUGAAGGCUGUGACACUUGGGGCGUGUUUCCUCUUAGAUUACAUGUUUUUUGAAGGCUGUGAGUAGGAACGAAGUCACCCGUGUGGUGGGGAUUAACGAAGAUGACAGAGAAGCGUUGACGUCUCCACAGUGAGACCAUGUAUAUGGGAAACCGGUGGCUGUAUUUUUCUAUAUUGAAAUUUCUCAGAAUUAAGCUAUAAUACAUGAGGCACAAUGGAUACAGUUUUGCUUUCUAAAUGACAGUUUAUCCUCUACAUAAUUGGAAUAGCCAUAGGCUUACUUCCUUAUACACAUCUAAAUUAUUCACUGAAUUAAAGAUAAAAAUGAAAAUGUAUAUUUAGAAAUAAAACAUUUUAUGGAAAAGUAAGUUAAAUCAUAAUCUGAUUUAUUUCUCAUUUUCUAUUCCAUUUAAACCUUGCUAGUGUAGUUAUAAAAUUAUACUUGAUUUUAUCAAAUCUAGUUUAUUUCUUACAAAAAAUAUGAUGUUAUUUUGAAAAUAUAUAUUUUGAAAGCUUUUCUAAAUGUUACUAUUUUGUUGCCUGGGAAAUACUACUCAAUAAAGUGCAAAUAAGAAAAAGUAAGGUGUAUUUUCUUCUGUCUUUAGGAAAUAGCACUAAAUGCCCUUUUAAAAUUUCUACUAUUAUAAAUUUUAAUACUGUAAAGUCCUUAACUUACCAAUUUUAAAUGCUUUUCAGUGACAUGUUUUUCUGCCAAGAAACCCUAACUUUUAGGACUCACUCUUUUUAUAACUUUACUAUUGGUACACUGUUUGACAUUACCGUUUAUAUUCAAUUAUUAAUUGGGAACCUACCAUGGAUAUGGCCAGGGGACAAUUUGAUCUUGGCUGUCCCUCAACUAAGAAUCAGUCUCCCAGGUCACUCUAGUUUAUGUCACGUUGACAAUGAAAACUAACCAUGACAUCAGGGUGUUUGUUUUACCAAGAUUUGGGGCUAUGGCUAUGAUAAAACUUAAUCAUGUACUCUUAGGUCUUUGGGACUGGAUUGUGGGAAGAAUGUGGAAAAGUUUGAAAUUUAGGGCUACAAAAAUUAAAAAUGCUGUUAGCAAAGCUGAAGUGGCCAUUCUGGUGGGUGUUUCAAUGACCAAAAGGCAGUGAAAAAUUUGGACUGUUAAGGCCUAGUUUCAUAGGGCAACAUGAACACUUAAGAACAGGGCUAAGACCAUUCAUGUUCUAUUCUGACAAAGAGUCUGGUUUUACUUUGACCAUAUUCAGAGAAUUUGAAUUAACCUGAAUUCAAAAGUUAUGGCCUGAUUUGUAUGGAAGAGGACAUUCUAAGGCAGGAUGUUAUUGAAACUGUUUCUAUUGUAAUUUCUCACCACAAACAUUCAGAUUGUCUGUGAGAGAAAGCACUAAGUUCAGUACAAAGAAAUAAAAAAUAUGAAGCUCCACGAGGAAAAAGCAUAUAACCAGGCUUAAAGCUGUGAACAACAGAGAACUAUUGGCUCCUGGAAUCUCACCAUUAACGGAGCAGAACACCAAAGUCUGAAAACCAGAAGCAACAUUUAUUCAAUAACACGGCGGGGGAAAAUUCUAGCUUUUCAAGUUUAUAGAGAAUAAUUUGAUUCUGUAGCCCUGAGGAAGGGCUACAAGCUCCUUUUUAGAGCACACAGGGCAGAGAGUACAUUUUGAGAUUUAUGGCAUUUUGAGAGUCUCAGUGUCUUGACUUGAGCUAGCACUCUCAGGGUACCUCUGAGAUGGAGGGGGACCCAGGAUUUACUACUUCUGAUUAUAGCGUUUUAAUUUAAAAUGUCAUGGGUUCAUUUAAAUUGCCUUUCCCCUGCCUGGGAGAAUGUAAGGUGAAGGGUCAAAGUGGCUAUCUGCCCUAACACAUUCAAAAAUAUGCAUAUAGGCUACAAGUGUACAAUUGUUUUUACAUAUUCCUGGGCUCUUCAAGAACAAAUAACAAAGCAUCUACAAUUGCUGAAGACAUUAGCAUCAUUAACAAUAAACCCCCUUUCUCUGCACUGGGACAGUAAUAAAGGUGACCCAAGAGCAAGAUCCCCCCCAUCAAAGGCUCCAGCUUGUGGAAAAUGAAAACUUCAGAAAAGGAGAGCGCCUGAAUUGACAAUGUAGCUUGGGGGACGGGCGUCUUGUCUUCUCCGAAGCCACUGCCUAAGAAACAAUUUCCAGUGCCAACACACAGAAGCGGAUAGAGUUGUGGACUUUGAGGAAGGGAAGGGCAGGCUCCAACUUGGAGCCGGACUUGGCAGUGUCGUCCGUGUGCUAAUAGUUUUGAAGGCAUGGAAGAUAGAAGAUUGGACUGUAAUGGAAAACAGCUCAGGCUGACCAAUGUGGAAUGACGAUGGAAUAUCUGGAAGGAGGGCUCGAUAGUCUAUGUCAUGAAGCUGAACAUGUUAAGCUAAAGUUACCAGUGGAAAACCCAGAAUAUCGAAAGUGUCAGGAAAAUGGUAUGUGUAUGGAGAGCUACAGGCCUAGAAUGAAGCCAGUCCAGGCUAGAUGUGUGGAAGGCAACAGAGGCAGACAAGCAGACUACCCAAGCGCUUUGGAGUCCAGUUUAUUGUACCUUAAGCCCCAGGUGCCAGACAUGAAAAUUUUAGAAUAGAUAAUUUAUUCUGCUGGAUUUUGUUUUGUUUGGUAUGACUGUUCCUACUGUAACUGUUCCUUGGUUCUUUCACUUUAAGAACAGAAAAGUUUAUUCUGCCAUUGUAUGUUGAAAAUAAUACAACUUACUUUUGGUUUUAUGGGAGCUGAAAGUGAAGAGAUUUUAGACUUUCAAAGUAUUGAAACUAUUAAUGACUGGGAUUUUCAGUGUAAUAAUGUAUUAGGUAUUAUAAGAUGGUUAUGAAUUUAUGGAGAUAGGUUGUAGGUUAAGGAUUAAAUGUCAUUUGUUUGAAUGUCAAGUUGACAAGGGGUACAUUUGUGAUGGUUUAAUGUUAAUUGUCAGUGUCACAGAGUUUCGAAUCACUUGGGAGAUGGGCCUUUAAGCAUGCCUACAUGGGAUUCUCUUGACUAUGCUAGUAGAUGUCAAAAGACUCAUCUUGACCAAGGCAGGGCUGUGACCUGGACUAUGUAAAAUAGAGAAAGUGAGCUGAGCACUAGGAAACAUUCAUUGCUCUGUUUCUUGUUACAUAUUCAAGUUAAUCUUCAACCUAUUUUCCGUGUUUGUGUGAUUUUAAAUGCCCCUAUUUGUGCCAAAAAGUAGUUUAAAAAUUUACCUAAGCCAACUAGAUCUGGAACACUAAUGCUUAAUUCUGUUUCUCUACUAAAGAAAAUGUGGUUUUAA